UUUUCUGUUGUUGUCCUGUUUUGAAGCCCUCUGUCCUGGCAUCCUGCACCCCUCCACUCUUACCUCUUUCUUUCUCCUCCUUCCACUCACGCUCCCUCCAGAGAGGGACUCUUCCUCGACCGACUCCAGUCGGGUCUGCAGCAUCAGUCUUUUGGGAGCUCCGUAGAAGCCAGAGACCAUGCUGACGUUUUUGGCGCUGACGUCGGUUGCCCUCCUGGGAAUAGUGCCUGAGCAGUCCCAGGCUAUAGUGAUUUACACUGGCUGGGAGCGGCACGCCUUGGUGGGCUCUGACAUCCGACUCUCCUGUUCUUUCUUCUCCUGGCGCUGGACCUCGGAGGACGUCACCUUCUCCUGGACAUACAGGCCUGAUGGCUCACGGGACGCCAUAUCUAUCUUCCACUACACUGGUGGUGCUGCCUAUUUGGACAACAAGGGUCCCUUUAGAGACAGACUGGAGUUUGUGGGAAACCCAGGUCGCCGUGACGGAUCCAUCCUGCUCAAAAACCUGGAGCUCAGCGACAACGGCACCUUCACCUGUGACGCCAAGAACCCCCCUGACAUAGUGGGCCGGCCUUCCAGUGUCCGACUGCUGGUGUUUGAGAAAGUGCCCAUCCAGGCUGGCGUGAUCACAGGAGCCAUCAUCGGGGUGGUCCUGGGCCUGCUGUUGCUCAUCGUGGUCAUCUACUACCUGAUGAGGUUCCUGGUGGCACGCCGAGUCUUCAGCCUCAGUGUCAGCAAACAUGGCAAGAAAAAGAAAGAGGGUUCACAGCAGAGACAGGGCCCUGUGCCUCCCGCCGACCCCUCCAAGAUAAAGGUCUGACUUCUCCAUGACUGCCUCCACUCCUCUAGUCUGCUCCCUCCUUUUCUGCCCAGCCUGAUGCAACCCCCAUUAUUUUCCAUUAUCUCUACUCUUUCAAGACAGCACUGGCUGUAAGAAUAGUCCUACUAUAUCAGCGGCAACGGUGUCAAAUAAUUUUCACAACGCCUCGCCGGGGAUCCUGUAUGCGCUCAUUGGGCAAACUGUAAAACUGUUUAGGGCCUAACUAUGCACAUAACUUCCUUAAGAGGAACCUGAAAGAUAUCCCCUCGUGUUUAGAGUCCCCUGAAUCUCCCCGCUUAAUGUUUACGACUCAAUCACACGUGCGCGCACACACACACACACACACACACACACACUAUGCGGAGCUGCGAGUGCACUCUGGACUUUAGACAGAGAAAAAGCGAGACAGAGAGGGACAGGAGAGUGAUAGUGGGAGCGAAAUAUGAUUCCUGCUCUCAGCCGGCGCAGAUAGAGGUUCAAGCCCUCGAGCUUGGGGUGAUUCAAUCCUCUCACAUUUGAGCUAAUGGAGGUUGUCGCUGUGUCCCUGCCCUGGCUAAAGGGGGCUAUUUCUGGUCCUAUAAGAGCGUACGGGCUUACUGUAACAGCUGCACAUUUUUCAGACGACAGGAGAUUGGGGGAAGGGGGUGGAAGAGAGAGGCGAGCAGAGCAGGUGGUGGUGGUGGGGGCCCUGCUGUGCUGUUUGCGCUAAGUGCAUGAGGCGGUUUGCUGUUGACUCGACGGCCGGGGACUGACAACCUGGAAUGACGUCACGGCCCCCGAGACUGGCCAACGCUCUCACGAGUCCGACAAAAGAGCUUACCAGGAAGAGGUGCAGCUUCAGAGUUAUUUUAGGUCCAGUUAAUCCGCUUGCACGUUUCUCUUCGCCAACCCAGGGCUAAUUAUUUUAGCGUGUGCUGGUAACAAGAUAUCUCUCUCUACAUCUCCCUCCCUGCCUCCUCUGCGGUCUCCUCUCCUCUGUUAUUCGCUCUUCAUCUCUGCCCCCAUCUUGAGAAUCAUCUCCUCUCUCUAAACUCCCUGUUUCGUUCUCGCCGUCCUUAACGUCUUUGACUUCCUUUAUCUCUUCCUCUUCCUGCCGGUUAGUGAGUCUGCACUGCAUUAUUCCCCCACAGAAAAGGCCUAUACACAAUCCACUCCUCUCUUUAAGCCUCUCCUUAUCUGACUGCCAGGCCUACAGCUCAAUGCUCUGCUCCUCUCUCUUCUGUCCUUCCUCCUCUUCCUUCUUCUCUUUUCUCAACUCGGUGAUGGACAUCUCUCUCUCUCUCCCCUCCCUUCGUGUUCACCAGUGAUCGACCAACGCCCUCUCGUUUGCCCUUCAAGCGCCACCUCCCCCCGGGGCACAUCCCUUUGCCAGCCCUUCUUCUCCGGCCCUUUACUGUCUUUUUUUCUGCUGGUUCGAAAGCCAAAAGGUUCUCCUCUGCCCACUACUUCCAGAGGAAAGAAACAGAUGGGCACAAAUCCGCCUUUAGUCCUCACUGAAGACACCAAACAAAAACUUAUAAUCUAGCUAGCUCUCUUCCGGUCGCCGUUGCGUGUUUUAUGUAUAUGUGUGUCUUGUUAAAAGUGUUAAAAAUGAGAUUACAUGUGAAAUUUAAAAAACAAAACAAAAGCAGUAUGUCACCCUAAGUAAAGCAAAUGUUUCUGAGGCAUUUUUACAUGUGUGCAAGAAAACACAUGGAGAACAUGUUUAUGGAGGCAGGGAAGAAAUGUAAUGUAACUCUUUGGAAUAUGUCAUAUUUCUGACCUUGUGUGUUAUGGAAGGUACUGUGUGGCUGUCUCUAUGGUAUGUUUUAUUCAAAGAUGAAGGGAAAUCAAGGUUGUUGUGCGGAGUCAGAGAGAAGAUGAAGGGUGGAUAAGGGUUUGGUUAGCCUUAGAUGCAGCACGAUGUGGCUGGGAAGAAAAAAAAAAGAUGGGGGGAGAAGGUGCUUGCUGUGGGAGAAAUCUUUAGAGGAAGAGACUUAUCUGGUGUGUUAAGCCCAGCCAAAAAUCCAUAUGUAUCACUACAGAUAGAGCCUCCUCUUCCCCCAGAGCUUUCUUUUAAAGGUGCUCCUUCCCCAACCCUGAGCCAAAGAUGGACUGCGAUUGGUGAGCUUAAUAUGCAGGGUGGAAAGCGUAGACUUGAAUGUUUCUUUAAAAUUCAUAACAGGAAUGGAGGUGCUAAAAUCCACAUCGAUAUAACUGGUUUCACUAGUCGCUGUUUAACUAUCCAGUCAAAUGGAUUAGUUAGAAUGUUUUCUUCUUUUUUCAGCAAAGCCACACAGACACCUGACGUAAGACAAACAGCAUUAAAACUGCCUUUUAAACACGUUUUGUAUGUAUUUUGAACCGUGUUAGUCGUAGUUGCAGAAUAACAUUCCUUCAUUUGAAAUGACUGGAGCUUCUUACAUUUUUUUACAUUUAUUUUAAUGCUUGUGAUCAUUUUCGAAGCACUAACGACUUUUGGUGACUGUAAUAUGUUGUAAAGAGAACGUAAAUAAAAAUAAAAUCCCCACGUCGCCAGCUGUUGUCAACAGAAGACAAAAGUAAACCCAGCUGAAAGUG